AUGGCUGAGGAGGUCCUGGCUCUGCGAGAGCAGCUGUUGGCCGAGGCCACCUGCCCGUUGUGCCUGGAUGUGUUCGAGCAGCCCGUGCUCACGGCGUGCGGGCACAGCUUCUGCGGGCAGUGCCUGGCGGCCGUGCUGGGGGACCCCCCGCGCCCCGCCGCCUGCCCGCAGUGCCGCGCCCGGCUUGAGCCGGGCUCGCAGCACCCCAACCGCUCCCUGGGCAACGUGGCCGGGCUGGCCCGGUCCCUGGAGGAGGUGGCGGCGCGGCCGCGGUGCCCCCAGCACGGCAAGGUCCUGGCGCUGUUCUGCGAUCCCUGCGCCGCCCUGCUCUGCGCGCCCUGCCGGGACGGGCCCGAGCACCGCGGGCACCGUGUCCGCCCCGCCGAAGAGGCCGCCCGGGAGCUGCAGAAGAAACUCCGGAGAAACCUGCUUUAUUUACAAGAAGAGAAGAAAAAAUUGAAUCACAGGGGAGACCAGAAAAGUGAAGACCUGCAGGUGACAGUGAGUUUGGCGCUGCAGCGAGUGGCUGAGAGCUUUGAGGAGCUGCAGCAGUGCCUGGAGGAGCAGAAGGAGACCCUGCUGGACCAGCUGGUGCAGAUGUCCCAUGAGCUGGUCAGUAAGAGCGAGGAAUACAGGCACAGGGUUUUGGAGAGGCAGUCGCUGCUGGACACGGUGAUUGCGCAGAUCCAGGAGAAGCGGGAGCAGCCGGCGGUCGAGUUCCUCAAGGAUGUUGGCACAAUCCUGAGCAGCUGUGAGGCAGCCAUGGCCCCGAUCCCAGUCUCCCCAGAGCUGCAGAAGAGCAUUCAGAGCCUCACUGACAAGAGCCAGCAGGUCAUGGCCAUGGUGCAUAAAUUCAGAGUGAACAUGUGUCACAAGAUAGACUGGCAAAGGGAGCAGGUGACGCUGGACCCAGACACGGCACAUCCGCGCCUGAUCCUCUCAAAGAACUGCAAAACCGUCAGGUUAGGAGCUGAAGAACAAAACGUCCCUGACACCCCCAAGAGAUUCACGCAAUGGUGCAGUGUCUUGGGCAUCCUGGGGUUCACAUCUGGGAGGCAUUACUGGGACGUGGAGGUUGGAGAAGAGGGCGGCUGGUUCGUGGGUGUGGCCCUGGAGUCCGUGCCGAGGAAGGAGCUACUCGCUCUGCAUGGAUCUGAGAAGGUCUGGGCCCUUCAGGAGGACUGGAGGGGCCAGUACAGUACAAUCUCCAAGACUCCACACCCGCUGGCACUCAGGGAAAAUCUCCAGAGAAUCAGGGUCUGCCUGGACUAUGAAAUGGGCCGAGUGACUUUCUACGAUGCAAAGGAUCUGAGGCAGAUCUUGCAGUUGGAGGCCACCUUCACUGAGAAAGUCUUCCCAUAUUUUUUGCUCUAUUUACAAGAAACUCAGGUCCGGGUGUGUGACUGA